CCAACGGCCCUGAGGUGGCGGCGGGCGGGCAGGUGCCGCCGUCGACGUCCCCGAUGGAGGGUGAAGGGACCUCUCCGGAGCCACAGCCGGAACAUGAGGAAAAAAUUACCCCCAGCGCCUCCCGUUCGCUGUGGGGUUUGCCCUCCGUACGUGGACCCCGUCCCACACAUUUAACGCCCGGGAGCGUGUGAGGCGCCGGCCCAUCGCUGGAGGAGGAACAGCAGCGUGCAGACCCCAGCACCAGUGCCUAGGGACUAGGGUACAGUUUUUGGAAGGCCAUGAUAAAAUCCUUCAGUGCCAUUUUGAGUGGGUGAAGGGGGAAAAAGGGGAUUAAAAAAAAUGCGCAAGCAAACAGCAGUGACGAUUACUUUGGCGACCCUCCUGGGUGUUGCAGUGGGGGGCCUGGUUUUGUGGAGAGCAGCCCAGCGUCGGAAAGGAAAAGCACGCUGUAGUAGCCAGCAAGAGGAAGCAGUUAUAAACUCGGGAGAUGAGGAACUGAUUAAGGCAGAGGAUAAGGAGGUGCUUUCCUUAUUCAGAUCUCCCACCUUUUCCUGGCUGGAGAGGACCCUUGGUGCAGACAUAGUGGUAGUUUCAGAGCAGGAGGAGUGGGAUUGCAUUGAACCUUUGCUGAAGAACGAGCUGGAGAAGUGGCCAGUGCUUGGAGUUGAUUGUGAGUGGGUAUCUGUGCGGGGAAAAGCAAAUCCCGUAUCCCUCCUACAGAUGGCUUCUUCCAGUGGCCUCUGCGUUCUUGUUCGGUUGCCCAGACUUGUUGCCAACGGACAGACUAUCCCAAAGACCCUGGUGGACAUCAUGGCAGAUAGUACUGUCUUGAAAGUUGGGGUAGGAUGCUGGGAAGAUGCUUGUAAAUUACUUCAUGAUUAUGGUCUUCCAGUCAAAGGGAGUGUGGAUCUCCGGUAUUUAGCCAUGAGACAGCGGAAGGACCUACUUCACAACUGCCUUAGCCUUAAGUCUUUAGCUGAAAAAGUCCUGAACUGCCCGCUUGACAAGUCUCCUCAUGUGCGUUGCAGCAACUGGGAGGCAGAAGAACUGACACAAGAUCAGGUUCUCUAUGCUGCUAGGGAUGCCCAGGUCUCCGUGGCUCUGUUCCUCCAUUUGCUGGGAUUUGCCAGCCUCCCUGCUACAUCUGAAGGUGAAAAUUAUAUCGCUGCUUGGGAGAAAGCACUGGGUAAAUGCCGGGGCUUGGUGGAUAUCCCAUUUAGAGGAAGGAGGAGUGGCAGCACGGGAGAGGAGAAGAGUGGAGAGGGACAUUCCCCUCAGAAGACAAAGAAUCGGAGAUCUUCAGUGAAUGGCCAGCCCUCUGGCAGUCAGCAAGCGAGAGAUCCGCGGAGGCACAAGCGGAAGCCUCUGGGCGUAGGAUAUUCUGCACGGAAAUCUCCCCUGUAUGACAACUGCUUCCUGCAUGCACCAGAUGGACAGCCCCUGUGCACUUGUGAUCGCAAGAAGGCUCAGUGGUAUCUGGAUAAGGGGAUUGGAGAGCUAGUUAGCACAGAGCCAUUUGUUGUGAAGCUGCGGUUUGAGCCUUCAGGACGUCCCGAGUCUCAAGUUGAUUAUUACCUGACAGUCAAAGAGAACCUGUGUGUUGUAUGUGGGAAGCGAGAGUCCUAUAUCCGGAAGAACAUUGUUCCUCACGAAUACCGAAGACACUUCCCCAUCCAGAUGAAGGACCACAACUCCCAUGACGUGCUCCUCCUCUGCACGUCCUGCCACGCCAUCUCCAAUUACUAUGACAACCACCUGAAGCAGCAGCUGGCUGAGGAGUUUGGAGCCCCCAUUGGCUCUGAGGAAGGUGUGCGUCUGCUGGAGGACCCUCUGCGCAGGCAAGUGCGCUCUGGGGCUCGAGCCCUGCUGAAUGCAGACAGCCUGCCCGACCCCCGCAGGGCAGAACUUCUGCAGAGCAUCAAGGACUUCUUUAACACAGAGGCAGUCACCCCAGAGAUGCUCCAGGAAGCAGCUGGUCUGGAAACCAGGAUCUGCAAUGAGAGCUACAUGCCACAUGGACUGAAGGUGGUGCAGUGUUUUGCUAAAGGAGGCCUGCGCUCCCUUAUGCAGCUGGAGAGACGCUGGCGGCAGCAUUUCUUGGACAGCAUGCAGCCCAAGCACCUCCCAGAGCAGUGGUCAGUGGACCAUAACCACACGAAGCUGAUCCGAAAGUAUGGGGAGGAUCUUCAGAUUGAGCUGUCGUGAAACUAACUUCCUGGACUCUAGAUAGUGUCUGAUGGACAUACGGAACUGAAGGUGGAAGGACUGGUUUUAUUUCUCUGUCUCCACUAACCUCUGGGCCUGGGUGUGCAAACAGGCAGCAGUGGAUCUGCCAGGUUUGGCAUUUUAUAAGAGUUAAAUCAUGGUUUAACCCCACCAGCAACUAGGACCACGCAGCUGCUCGCUCACUCCCCCCAGUUGGGAUGGGGGAGAGAAUCAGAAGUGUAAAAGUGAGGGGAAAAAAACCCUCGUGGGUUGAGAUAAAGAUAGUUUAAUGGGUGGAGCAAAAGCCACACGUGCAAGCAAAGCAAAACAAGGAAUUUGUUCACUGCUUCCCAUUGUCAGGCGGGUGUUCAGCCAUCAGCAGGAGAGCUGGGCUCCAUCACGCCUAACAGUUACUUGGGAAGACAAACACCAUCAAUUUGAAUAUUCCCUGCUUCCUCCUUCCCCCAGCUUGAUCUACUGACAUCAUAUGGGAUGGAGUAGCCCUGUGGCCAGUUGGGUCAGCUCUCCCGGCUGUGUCUCCUCCUGCUUUUUUUUUUUAACAUUCCUGGCCUGCUUGCUGGCAGGGCUGUGAGAGAGGCAGAAAAGGCCUUGACUGCUUAGCAAUAACUGAAAACAUCAGUGUUUUACCAACACUAUUUUCCUCUCAAAUCUAAAACAUAGCACUAUACCAGCUACUAGUAAGAAAGUCAACUCUAUCCCAGCUGAAACCAUGACGAGGUGGUUUGGAAUUUUUAAUCCUAGUCCGUCACUGACUCAUUCGGUGCAAGAGUGAUAUGCAAAGGAACUUGCCUUUUCAAAGUGACUGUGGGGAGUUAUUUUCUACCCCCCGGGAUGGCUGAUGCCUCCAGACCAUCUCUCUUAACCCAGAGCACAAUAUUUUAACAUUUCCAGGUUUUCGGACAGAUACAUCUGCGCCCUUAGCUGCACCUUGAGAGUCUCCUGAUAGAAGUCUGCUUUCAGUGCAGUUGUACUCAUGAGUUCUUCUCAGAGAAGACUCCCUGCCAGAGAGAAAUUCCUUGUUUGGAAGUGGCAAAGAAACCUUACCUUUUUUUGCAGAUUCUGAGCUGUAUCAGCAUUGCAUGUGGGCCUUGGUGAGUUUGCUGGUGGCAGGUCCCUGAUGAGAAGCGACUCUCUUUGGCUCUGGCGCUAUGGAAUCACCCGUGUCAAGUCUUUUCUUGAACAUGUUCCAGAAACAUAUGGGCUAUAAAAAAUGUUAGGUCCUAAUUCCACUUGCUUAUCAUGAAUAACUCGUGGUGGGUACCUUUUCAUAUCAGACUGAAAUGGGGUCAGGUGUCUUAAAAGGGAUGAGAGGAAACAAUUUUUAUUUAAAUACCAGCAUCUUUUAAAAUGUCAGACCACGUGUGGCAGGAAACUGGAAGAUCUAGUGUUCUGUUCCUGGAUUUGACGUGUGUGGUGGUGAGCAGGUCAUACUCUUUCCAUGCCUGUUUCCCUGUCUCUAAAAUGGGACUAAUAAUACUUACCUAUCUCACAAGGGUGUUGUGAGGCUUAAUUAAUUCAUGUUUUUGUAAAAUGCUUUGAAAAUAUAAGCUAGUGUGUGCUAAUUAUUACUGUUGUUUUUUAAAAUGUGCUGCUGUCUGACUGUCUUAAAUAUUCAUGUUUUUUGCCUGGUGCUAGACCUUAGUUAAAUAUAACUUUUUAAAAAUACA